AUGUCGAAUUUCUUGAAAAUGUUUCGUUCGAAGAAGACAACAGAAAAAGAUAAUUUUAACACGGGACAUGAUGACGAGAAGGCAAAGCAUCGCAGCAAAGAAAGCUACGGUAGUGGAUCAUCAAGGCGUGAUAAACGAAUUUCUCGGAUAAGAAGUAUCGAUGAUUCACUACUAAGACCUACUGCCGCUUAUCAUACAGUCACUCAGUCAAGGCAGUAUAAAACAUCGCGAUCAUGUGUUGGUCGAGAUGAAUACGAUAAAUAUGACAGAUUUCGUCAUUCAAUCGAUUUCCACAACAGAGGUAGUAUGAGGUGUGGAAAACGGUCGCAUGUUGAAAACGAUCGACUUCAUGAUCGGGUUUCAAUGUUUACCAAGUACGACUCCGAAAUUCUAGAUUCUGAUGACUCAUAUGAUUCACAAAAUGGUAGUGGUACAAACAAUGAUGAUACUGUUCAGGCUCUAGAGACGAAGUUAGAUGCACUUCUUUAUCGCCUUCGUCGGGAAGAAGAGCGCAAAAAUUCAUACAAGCAAAAAUUGAUGUCUGAACGCAUAGUGCGGCAACAUGUCGAGAGUAAAUUUGUUGAAGAUAUCCAGCGAUUAACUCAGCUAGUAGAAAUGCUCAAGAAUGAACAAAAAUCAUAUCGAAAUAGAAUCAGCGCUUUGGAAAAGCAGCUAAAACAUACCGGUCCGAAACUUAUGACUGACAGCUUCAAAGGGCCAUCGCUUUUCUGUUCACCACCAUCAACUUCAAAUGGUCCAUCAUCGGUACUUGCGAUGAACGAAUUAGCUUGCUCUGCAACUUCUGGUUCUACCGUUCCAUUGCCGUCUACAUUACAUUGCAGUACAAUAAAUGAAGGAAGUGUUGACGAAGUGAGAAAUUUUCGCAUUAACGAGGUCACUUCGUCUGUGGAAGCUGAACGACGCACAAUAUCCGGUAGCUCUUUCUCAACUCGUGAAAAUGACUGCUCUGCAACAUUAGAAGAAACCUUGCGUGCAAUUGAUCGUGCAACCGCGGCUACAACAACAUCAUCGCAUGGAUUUGGCGAUAAGGUGGCAACAUCGGUGAUUCGACGGUCAAGUAGUGAUACGAAACUUGGACAGCGUGAUAUAAUGCUUAAAUCUACCAAUAUUUAA